AAGGAAGAAAAAGAAAGGAAGGAAGAAAAAGAAAACAACGGAAAGAAAAGAAGAUGGGGUGAGAUGGAAGAUACCUAUGGUAUUCUCAACCGAGACUGCCAUUGGGAUGAGGCGGGACAAUGGGGUAUCUCGUUCCAUAGAGAAACCAGGACGCCCCUAUCCCACGGGAUUUAAAACCUUCGUUGUGAUGCAUAAACUCAUCCAUAAGUCCAAGGUUCUCUACUUUACUUUUUGAGUCAUCUUUAAUAAGGAAUAUUGAUGUGAACAAUUUGAAUAGAGGUUAAUUGUGCAAGAAAUGAAGCAUGGAAUGCUCAAAUGAUGAAAAUAAAGAUACUGAAGAGAGGAUGAGAAUUUUAAGGAGAAGGGAGGAAGAAGCUUCAGGAAAUAGUAUUACAAAAAUUCAACCUUUUGGGUUGUAUUUAUCACAUCUACUCAAACUCAAAUUCCUACUCUUAAUAUAGAGGGCUGGCAUUGUAGUGGAAACCACAACCUUAAGAAUCUGUCUGAAUAGUCUUGUUGAGUUGAAUUUUCUUGUUUGCGUUCAUUCUAUGGCAAACACAGAGGAUCGACUUUUUUAGUUCUUGUGAUUUAGGUGUUGAGUCCACCAUUAUGCUUCACAUCCUUGCCAAAAAUCCUUGGACUUCCUAAAAGAAUUUAGGCUGCUGACACCAACUUUACAUAACUUAAAACUUAGUAUGUUAGAUUACCAUUGGACAAGGAGAUCAUGCAUAUUAGUGUUUGAUACCAAUCCUUUUUGGAAGUUCGUCUUAGUGAAUUGAAGGUUUGACUUUGUUUUCAGUUUUGAGGUUCCACUCCUAUGUUAAGGUGUUCGUCACUUCAUUCUUUGUAGGUCCACGAUGUGAUAUCAACUCAUAUCCUCUCACCUCAAUUUGGAUCAUCAAAGAUUCUUUAUGGUCCUUGCUUAAAUCACGUCUAGUUGAGACUGACUUGAUGAAAAGGAUUUUCAUACCAUCAUAGGAAAGAGAUAAACUAACCUAGUGUAAAUGUUGUAUGAAUUGAAUCUACAAUCAUCUACAUCCUUAAACCAAUCUGAAGCUCUGGAUGGGCCCUAAAAGUGACCUUAAACAUGCACUUGGCAUUGAACUUGAAUAGUCUCGUUUUCCCUUCUAGGCUUCUUAAUUAUAGGCCGAUCAAAUGUAAUAACUUAGAAGUUUUGAUCUCCUUUCAAUUACAAGUGAGCAGAAUCUUCAAUUGCUCUACUAGAUCUAGGGUUGAAACAAAACCAGAAAUUGGUAUAUACAUUUCUGUGCCCAUACAUAUUCAGCGGUUACAAAUAUGACCAUGGAUACUAAAAUUUGUGCCCAUAUGUGUCCUAAACAGAAACAGAUAUGGAUUGUAUAUUAAUCAUAUCCAUAUUUGUCCUAAAUGGAUACAUACAUGAAUAGGAUAUUAUGUUGGAUACAAAUUGAAUUUUUGAUUUUUUAUGAGGGCAUUAUUAGAUUAUUAAACUAAACAAAAUGAGCAUUUUUAAUAGGUAGGAGUAUGAUAUUAAAAUAAAUAUUUUUGGAGGACAUGAAUGUGACGUCAUCCAUGUCAAUUUUAAGCAAGCCCUCAUCCAUGCUCUCAGUAAAAGAGGUCCUUUUUUCAAAAAAAAAAAAAACACUAAUAUGCCAAAUAUCCAGAUAUCCAAAUUUCUUGCUAUCUGAUAUAGGCCAUGUAUAUCACUAUAGUUUUUUUUUUCGUUUUUUCUUAAAAAAUAGCACAUGAAAAUUGUGAUAAAAAACUUGUUUGGUAAAGUAGUUUUCUUUUUUGUUUUUAAAAAACUCAUCUAGUUUCUGAGAAAAGUGAAAGCUAGUAAAAGUGGCUAACACGUGAAACGAUAAACAAGUUACGUCUUACCUUCGUUUUUGCCACACCACCACCACUGCUACCACCACAACUAUCGUUGCCACCUUCACGGCCACCACUAUGACCAUUGCUACCACUACGACUGCCAUCGAUGCUACCAUUGCCUGCUAGUGCCACCGCCAUUACCAUUGCCUUUGCCAUCACCAUUGCCACAACCACCAUAACCGCUGAUUAUAGAUUUUUGGCUUAAGUUUUUAAAAAAUCGACGAUAUUAAAUAUGCUUAUAUUCUUAAUUUAAAUAAACAGAAACACAGAUUCAGUUUUCAGGUUUUAAAAAAUAGCAAGCUGAUGGUGAUGCCAUCAUAUCCGAAGAACUUAGAAUCUGUAUUUCUACUUGCAUAUGAAAAAUUUUCCAUCCUUGUAUCCAACUCUAUAUCUGAAUUUGGUCAGAUCUUUCUAUCAGAAUCUGAUGCAAAUCCUAAUUUGGAUGAGGUUAGAUUUUAUCCAACCCACUUUCAGCCCUUUUUGGAUCAUUUGACUUGAAGUUGAAGGGUUUGCUUAUAGUUUAUAGGAAGAAAUGUUUGGAGCAUCCAUCUCGUCCCAAAGUGCACUUUUUUGGCUAGGCAUAGUUGGUAUCAAGGAUUGGAGUGUUGGCUGUGCCGUUGUGCCUUCCAUGCUGUUUGCCACAUACCAUGCCAAGCCUGAGUUGGCACCCAAUAAUGGGCUGAGUUGCUUGGUAUUGAGUGGUAUUGCCUCGUGCAUACUUGUAAUACGUUUACCAAUAAUGCUUGAUAUGGCUUAAAACCAAGCAUAGGCCAUAGAGGUUUUCUAAACCCGCCCCUGCGACCACCCCUCUUUUUUUUUACAAAAUGUUUCAGGUAUUUUGAGAAUGUGGUGUUUGGGGGUUUCCAAGAGUCUGGUGAGGAAAUUUGCAUAGAUUGAGGUGAAAUUGAGGCAGAUCAGAGCCUACCUCUUGCAGUUAUCAAUAUAAUGGUUCCCUUCCAUUUUUUAUGUCAUUUAUAUAUAAAAUAUAGACUAAAGAUGAUAGUUUUUCGGAAUUUGCAGCUUAGUAUAGCUUUGUUUUGUUGUUUUUAACGAUAGAACACAAAUCUGGAAUGAAAGUGAGUGAUUUUGGGAGGUUCAGCCCAAAGCAACAUGUCUGAAAAUAAUCAGAUGCAAUAAUGCUCAUUCAGGUUGAUUUUUAUAUGUUGUCAAGUAGGGCAUGAUCUACAAGACUACAACCAUAUUGUUUUUUUCCUUUUUGAGUUACAUUUAGUUUUAAAAUUCACUUUAUGUUAAAUAAUUGUAAAAUUGUAAAGAAGUAAAUUGCAAGGAAGUUUAUGGUAGCAUAUUGCACUAUAAAUGUGCAGAUGCUACCAUGAUUGCAUUUUAAUUAAGCUAAAGGUUGGUGUGCUUGGGUUUAGUAUGAAGUAUGAACCUAUGUAAAACUUGGAUAUUCUCAAAAUCAACUUGAGCAAGACACAUAAGACUGGGUUGAUUUUUUUUCUAUGUAGCAUGCACGGGGCUAAUCUGAAAUCCUUGAAAAAUCAAUUUUGGAUUUAUCCUCAUCAAUAUUUGUCUUAUACUUACAUUGACACACACUUUUAAUUGCUAAAGGCUAUUUGCAGGGUUAAAAUAAAAGUUUAAUGCGUAAAAAAUGCCCUACCAAACCUAGAAACAUGUUUAAAGCAUCAAUUUCUUUUUAAAAUGCAAAGUAAACCCCCUUGUCCCAUGUACACUGAAAAUAUGCAUGCCACAACAUGUGCUCCACACUGCAUGGCACAUGACAUUGCUGUGACAACCAGUGGUAUCAAUACCUCAAUCGUCGUUGUCAUCAGUUGGAUAUAUAAUAAAAUUUGCAAUUUCUUAUAAAAAUAUCUGAUUCAAAUUCUAAAUGCAGCAUGCUAGUUCUGUGUCGACCUAGCACUAGCACAAUAUAGAUGCUAGUGCUGAACAUGUGGAGGCUUGGUAAUACUAAUGGUACACUCUGUCAUACAUGCACCAGUAAACAGAGUUGUGCCGCAUGUUGAUCUAUCUCUUCUAAGGACAUAUUGAGGGGCAUGGAUUGGCAAAGCGAACACUUCAAUCCUUGAUACAUAAUUCAGUUGCUCUGUCAUAUGAGAUUGUUGGCAUGCUAAGGCCUUGACUAAGCACCACAAGGAGCUGUUCUGCAGAUAUCUUAGACCACAUCUUCUCCUAUUAUUUUGUGAAAUAUGAUGGGAAAAACCAUGGUUUUGAAAAACUAGAGGGAGUCUGACAACCAAAUGGGAGAAAGGAAAAAGGGAAAUCUGAAAGCUGCAUCUGGUGAACUUGCUGGUCUCCCCUACCAUCACCUUUGUGAUCAUUGACAGAAAUCUACCCAGGACGAGUACCAUGCCUGGUGGAACGAAGAAUACUGAAAAGUCAGAGACAUCCUCAGGUCAGCAUAAUUGGGAAAGAUCAAAAAUUGAGACACUUGGGCAACGUAAUCCAUGUGAUCACCCAGCAGCCCAACUAUUUGAUGAUAAGAUUUCUGUUAAAAAUAAGCUGAAAAUGUUAAAUCGAAUAGCUUCACUGAAAGAUGAUGGAACUGUAGAAGUUGAUGUUCCGAGCAGUCUUGAACCUAUGCCAGUUGAUAUUGGGUCUGAGGAUGUUGCUGCUGAACCAGUUGAUGAAGAAUUACUAGACUCAAUGGACUUCCAGUAUAGACCACCCAUGCAAAUAGUUAUUCUUAUUGUUGGUACGCGAGGAGAUGUGCAGCCUUUUGUUGCUAUUGGUAAACAUCUACAGGACUAUGGACAUCGUGUUAGACUAGCAACUCAUGCGAACUUCAAGGAGUUUGUAUUGACUGCUGGACUGGAGUUUUACCCUUUAGGUGGAGAUCCCAAAAUUCUUGCUGAAUACAUGGUCAAGAAUAAAGGGUUCUUGCCUUCAGCACCUUCAGAGAUACCUGUUCAACGAAAAGAGAUCAAGGAAAUUAUAUUUUCAUUGCUCCAAGCCUGCAAGGACCCAGAUGUUGAUACAGGCGUUUGUUUCAAAGCAGAUGCAAUAAUUGCAAAUCCACCAGCAUAUGGGCAUACACAUGUGGCAGAGGCGCUAAAGGUUCCAAUUCACAUAUUUUUCACAAUGCCUUGGACGCCAACUAAUGAAUUUCCUCAUCCUCUUUCUCGUGUCAAGCAACCAGCUGGAUAUAGACUUUCAUACCAAAUCGUUGAUUUUAUGAUCUGGCUUGGAAUACGGGACAUGAUAAAUGAUUUUAGAAAAAUAAAGUUGAAGCUGCGACCUGUUACAUAUCUUAGUGGUGCCCAGGGUUCUGCCUCAGACAUCCCUCAUGGUUAUAUCUGGAGUCCUCAUCUUGUCCCCAAACCGAAAGACUGGGGACCUAAAAUUGAUGUAGUUGGAUUUGGCUUUCUUGACCUUGCAUCAAACUAUGAACCUCCAGACUCACUUAUGAAAUGGCUUGGAAGUGGUGAAAAGCCUAUUUAUAUUGGAUUUGGCAGCCUUCCUGUCCAAGAACCAGAAAAAAUGACCAAGACUAUUGUGGAGGCACUGGAGAUCACCGGACAGAGAGGUAUCAUUAACAAGGGGUGGGGUGGCCUUGGGAAUUGGGCAGAACCUAAGGAAUUUGUUUAUUUACUGGAUAAUGUUCCCCAUGACUGGCUGUUCUUGCAGUGUAAGGCAGUGGUGCAUCAUGGUGGUGCUGGAACAACAGCUGCUGGGCUAAAGGCUGCGUGUCCAACUACCAUUGUACCUUUCUUUGGUGAUCAGCUUUUCUGGGGGGAGCGUGUACACGCUAGAGGGUUAGGACCCCCACCUAUUCCUGUGGAUGAAUUUACCCUGCCAAGGUUGGUUGAUGCAAUAAAAUUCAUGAUGGAUCCAAAGGUGAAGGAGCGGGCUGUUGAACUGUCCAAGGCUAUGGAAUCAGAGGAUGGGGUGACUGGAGCAGUGAAAGCAUUUUUCAAGCAUCUUCCUCAAGUAUUGCGACCUCAAACUCCACCACCACCAUCAGGUUUCAUCGAACACCUUUUUGAAUCCGUACGGAGAUGUUUAGGCUGUUCUUGAUUCUUUUCUUUUCCUGUACACACCCAUAAUCUGUCAUUUUAUGCCUUCCCAAAACUAAUUCUAACACUGCUGAGUGCUGCCUAUUGUGUCAUUUUGUAUCAUCUUGCUGUCAUUAUUAUCUCCUGGGUUAUGCCAUUCAGUUGCAAAAAAGAAAUUAGAUCCAGGUUAUUUAUUUCUUAAUUUUGUACAGUGUUCUUGUUUUUUAUAGUAGAUGGAUUUGUUUAAAUUAAAAUAUGAAAGGAAACAUUCAACAAAUUUCAGAA